AUGGGGCUUUCCCUUCUCUAUUACCUCGCUUUUGUUUUCUGUCAAGUCCAGGCCAGAGCUGUUUUUGCUCACUUCAUGGUCUCGAACACGGAAGGAUACACUGUUGCAGACUGGGAAGCGGAGAUGACCCUGGCCUUCGAAGCCCACAUCGACGCAUUUGCUCUGAAUAUCGCCGCGAAUCAGCCAGUCAACGAUCAUUCCCUGGGAAAUGCCUUUCUCGCGGCCGAGAACGUGGGCUUCCACCUCUUCUUUUCGUUCGACUAUGCCGGGAACGGCCCAUGGGCCAAGGUUGACGUGAUCGAGCUGAUCCAAUUCUAUAAGUCGCCUAAUGUCUAUUACCACUACAAUUCUCAACCGUUCGUGUCCACGUUUGAGGGCCCUGCUAACGCGGCUGACUGGGUCGAUAUCAAGAAAGAGACUGGUUGUUUCUUUGCGCCGGACUGGUCGUCACUUGGCGCCAUGGAGGCAGUGAAGCAGGCGGAUGGUGUCGCGGAUGCGCUAUUUAGCUGGGCGGCAUGGCCUAAUGGCCCGGUGAAUAUGGACACAUACACGGAUGCCUCGUAUAUCAACUACCUCGAGGGCAAACCUUAUAUGAUGCCAGUGUCGCCGUGGUUCUUUACUAACAUGCCCGGGUACGACAAGAAUUGGCUCUGGCGCGGCGAUGAUACGUGGUUUGACCGCUGGAACCAGGCUCUGUUCCUCGCGCCGGAGUUCGUCGAGAUCAUCUCCUGGAACGACUUUGGCGAGUCGCAUUAUAUCGGUCCUAUCCGGGCUGCUGAUGAUCCCUUGGCAGAUCAGACUUACACGGCCUUCGAUACCGGGAACUCGCCGUACAACUAUGCCCUGGACAUGCCGCAUGAUGGAUGGCGUCUUUUUCUUCCCUAUGUGAUCGAGACAUACAAGAACAACAUCUCCACGAUCACGCAGGAAGGUGUCACGGGCUGGUAUCGGCUCAACAAAGCGGGAGCCUGUCCGUCGGAUGGAGGAACGACCGGCAAUACCUACAGUCAGCUGCAGGUCGAGUACUGGCCGUACGAGAUGGUGCAAGAUAAGAUUUUCUACUCUGCCUUGCUCGGUUCCGGGGCGGAUGUAUCGGUGUCGGUGGGUGGAACGGAUCUGGGGGCCUCGUGGACCUCAACGCCCAGCGGCGGAAUCGGGAUCUAUCAUGGCAGCGUGUCGUUCACCGGGCACUCGGGUUCGGUGGUGAUUUCCAUUACCCGCGGAGGAGCCUCUAUUGCCACGAUCCAGGGCCAGUCGAUCUCUGCUGGCUGUGCCGCUGCUUCCGGAGUGGAGAACUGGAAUGCCUGGGUGGGGAGUGCCAUAUCCUCCACCACCAUCAAAGUCGCUCCGACCUCUUCUCUGGGCGAGCAAACCUGCGUGGAUGGCUGGGGGGUCAAUAACUUCCUGGGACUCUGCGAAAAGUCGUGUCAUUGGGGAUACUGCCCGAUCACAGCCUGUGUGUGCUCCAAACUCGGGCCCCCGCCUACCGUGCCGAAGGACACGGGCGUUCAGGGCUAUCCCAUCGCCGGCGAAGACGCGAGCUAUAGUGGCUUAUGCUCGUUCGAUUGCAGCCAUGGCUACUGUCCGACUACUGCGUGCGGUACGGGCGAGGUACCUCUGACGAUCCCUACCAUUUCGGACUUUGCGCCACCUGCCUGUACCGCGGGCGAAGGCAGUUGGGAUCUGGCGAAUCUCUGCGUCUUCGCCUGCGCCCACGGCUACUGCCCGAUCCACGCCUGCACGUGCACCGCCACUGGCACCCUGGACCUUUUCACGGUGGUCAACGCUAGCGCAACAGCACAUCUGAUCUCCGGAGAGGAUGACUACGGGCUGUGUGAUUUUGCCUGCCAGCGCGGGAACUGCUUCGAAGAGUGCGGGGAAGGGUUCGAUGCGUCCGACUUUGAGGUCUGCGACUAUUCAAAGACGUUCAGCAGUCUCGAUGACCUUGCCACGACUGCCCCCGGCUUGCGAACCGACUGUAUAGCUGUGUACUCCCUCCAAGUGCUCAUCGAUAUGCUGGACACCGCAUACGAGAACUAUACCAACGUGAACAGUGGGUACGAUGCGCUCUUCGGAUACUAUGUCACAUACAUGGAGAAUCUCGUGCCAGUGGUUCUCUUGGAUGACUUCAUGUUCAAUAUGAGCACUACUGGGCCGUUCGCAAAUGUGCCGGCCACCGGAUACGGCAUGGAUUAUUUUCAGUGCACAUUAGGUGACGGGAAUGUGAUUCCAUGCUCCAACCUAAACCAGACCACUUUCGUUAAUGAAAGAACGCUCCCAUACGACACCACGGCAUUCAAGCUCACCGACGCCCAGGGCUAUGAUGCAGGGCUAGCCAAGGCCGGCCUCUUGCAAGAUUGGGUAGAUCGAGGGGACUAUACCUUGGUUUACACAUUCGAAGCCCCGAGGGUGGGUAGCCUUAAACGCGACUACAAGUUCUCCGGCUUCCCCAUCAAGAAUGAAUCUAUGGUGGUGCCGAACCCAAAAGAUAUUGUCACGAAGGCUCUUCCAAAUAUCCCCGCCCUGCGCGAUGAAAUGCGGGCGACGUUACUAGACAUCAUGCUGGGACAGUGGCUCAACGGCUCCAGUUCUGAUGCGGCUGAUGCCUACAGUGUGCCUGUCUUUAUGUUCAUACAGGGCAUAGAGGGAAUGGCAGAGGCAAAGAAGCUCGGGCAGCAGGAAAAGAAAACCGAGCAGGAGGAAGAAAAGCGAAAGAAGGACUUCAUAGUCAUGAUCAUCAGCGUGGUUCUCUUAUUUGUUCCCGUCGUGGGCGAGGAAGUCGCGGCGGCGGCGGGGCUUGUCACUCUCGCACGCUCUCUUGCAAUUGCAGGUGAGCUCGCAAACGGGGCACUUGCUAUUUACGAUACCGUGCAAAACCCAAGUUCUGCGGUCGUCAAUAUUCUUGGCAUGCUGCUUGGAGUUGGCUCAAUCACAAAAGUCUCGCGCGACGGUCAAGGUCUUGCAUCUGUUGCCAAGCUCCGCCGGGAGAUGAAACCGGAAGAGAUCGCAUCCCUGGGUGGAACAUUCAAAAGCAACGAUGAUAAGCUCCGGAGUGUCAUGAAGGUGUGCAACUGGAAGAAGUGA